CCUUGCUUAAGCCUUUGGAGUACGCGCGUACAGGUGAGUCUCACACAUUACACAAGCGCAGAACGUACAUCUCGAGCCGCGUGCGCAGCUGAGCGAACGGUGGCGUUUCACAGGACGCAGCAGUCUCAAACACAGCGCUGCAGCCUCGUGUGCCAACGCAGCAUAACGCGCGAGCGCGACGCGAACCAUGGCCGAUAAUGAUGGAGGAGCCACGGCCUCGACGCCUGGGACGCCCCAAGAAGCCGAAACUCCCGCCGCGCCGGCGCCGCGCGCGGCCGACCCCUGCCCGCGGAGCCUGUUGAUCGGGUCAUGCGUCGCGGCGUCCUGCGUCGGCGUCGAGUACGGCCUGAUCUACCCCACGAUCUACCCCUAUUUAAGGGAGUUAGGGUCGCAUCCCACUGUAUUAGCCGGCGUCGCCGCCGCGGCAUUUAGUCUGGCGAAGACGGCCGCGUUCGUCCCGCUAGGGGCGCUGGCGGAUAGGUACGGACCGCGCCGCCCGGCGGUCAUCGCGUUUCUCGUCGCAGCAAUCGGCAACGUCUACUACUUCGCUGCAUCGCGGCCGUUGGAUGUUGUCGUUGCGCGCGCGAUUGUUGGAUUGGGAAGUUCAGUCACGGGAGUGCUGCUCGGAGUCGUCGGGAGUGGCGACGGCGACGACGCUACGAUGAGAAGGAAGCGCGACUUGCGGCUCGCCGUCUUCAACGGCACUUCAUUAAUAGCGGUGCUGGCGGGCCCGGGCCUCGCGGCCCUAUUUUCAUUUUUACCGGAGGGCGACCACGAGGUGUUUGAUAUCGACGCGUACAGCGCUCCUGGAUUAUUUCUUGCAGCGCUCGCUCUAUUAUGUGCGGUCUGGGCUUGCCUCGCGCUGCCGGCCACGCCGCCAUCCCGACGGGCCAGCCGCCAGGUCGGCGAGGCCGUCAUCCAGCGCAAUGUCUCGGUGAAGCCGGCCCGCGACGUGCGCGACGCGUUGAUAACAAGACGGGGCGCCGCCACGCUGACCGUGUCCUUCGUGGGCGGCGCGUUGAUUGCCUGCCUAGACACGGCCUUCCCCGUGGUCGCGCGCGACGACUUCCACGCUACUACCACCACAAUUUCAUUAGUGCUGGCGGCCUUCGCGUUGCUGGGUGUCUGUGCGAUGGUUCUAGCGAUGGCUUAUGCAAAACGCGGCGACGGCGAUUUUCAAAUAGCGAGAAACCGCAAGGUGCGCGUCGUGCGCGUCGGGUUGGCUUGUGAGGUUAUAGGUGCGGUGACGGGGUUGGUGGCGUUUCUGUAUGUGCCUCCGUCACAUAUCUUCGCGCGGGAGGCCUUUGGUCUGGCGAGCGGCGCGUUAAUUAUUCUCGGGGCUUUAGCGGCGUCGAACGCGAACAUCCAAUUAUUGGCGGCGGUCGCGGACAUGGGCCACCAUCCGGGCUUCUACGCCGGAUUAAGGAGCGUCUGCGUUUGUGCUGGUAGAAGUGUUGGUGCCCUCUCGGCCGGCUGGUUGGUGGCGGUCUCUUCAUCAACGUACCUGCCGGUCUUCGCGUUCGUCGUGGGCGUGGCGUCGCUGGGGUUGUUUGUGUUUAUGGUGGCGCCGCCGCGCCUCGUCGGCGGGUCGGAUCUGGCGGAGCCGCUCCUCGACGGCGAGGCGGCGACGACGCCUGUGGUGUAACUUCUGUGAUC